AUGGACCAAGUUAGGUCUUGGGUCCUUGCAGCAGGGAGUCCUGGGUCCUUGCAAUGCGUGAAUACCAGAGUGACGCAGCAGGUUCUGCCCAAUCACAUAUUGGUCGCAGUCCAGGCUGCGUCCAUUAAUCCGGUAGACAGCCAGCUACUGAACUGGCGCCUCAAUGCGCCCUCGGGCGUCGAUACACCCUGGGUCGUGGGCAGGGACUUUGCCGGUGUUGUCCUCAAAGCAGCACCUGGCACGGAGUUCAUGCCGGGCGACCAUGUUAUGGGCGUGACUAGAGCCAUGGAUGGUUCAGGGACACUGACAGACAGAGUGCAUAUCAACCUGGGCAGCAGCGCGGUCGUCACGAAGCCACCAAAUAUGCCGUGGGCCGAGGCUGCCAGUGUGCCUUCGGCCUGGCUGACGGCCUUUACGGCCAUUGAGAAGUGCGCUUCAACUGUCGACACUUCCAGGAAGCACAAAAUUGCUAUCCUCGGCGGUAGCUCACCCACGGGUAUCUACGCGAUACAGAUCGCCCACAGGCGCGGUUGGUGGGUCAUGGCCACUUGCUACGGGCAACAAUACGUAGACCUUUUAAAGAAGCAGGGCGCGCAUCGUGUCACCGAUUGCAGCAGCUCUCCAGACGCCGGCAACGACGCCGUGGCUCAUUUCGAGCCCGACGCGAUUCUCGACUGCGUCUGUCAGAAGCAGUGCGAGAACAUGGCGAGAACGCAUGUCGAGGUCAGUGGCUUCGCGUCGGAGUCGUCAUUAUUGGGCGGAGGAAGCGUCGCUCAGGACUACCCGAGCAUGUAUUUUGAAUUAAAUAAUGCGUGGCUAGAGGAGGCCAGGCGUCUGUGCGGCAGGUGUAUUCACGUCGAUUCGGUCUUUACAUUCGACAAGGUGAAGGAGGCAUUCAACAAGAUGCAUACGAAUCAGUGCAGAGGGCGUGUUGUGAUCAAAAUUGAGGGCGAUAGCCGAGCAAUGCAAGACACGCUGCAGCUGACAGCUGCUGGUCGGGAGAUUUCUUAG